UUUACAAAAAUGAUCCCGGAACGGUGUGCCAGGUUUGGCUUGAGAUUAGGGAAUAAAGUAAAAAACUAUGGUUUCCAUAAACGCUGUUCUUCUACCAAACCUCCCAUCGUGUUGGGCAUCGAGACGAGCUGCGAUGAUACCGGCGCGGCAAUAGUCACGGGAGAUGGCCAAGUGCUAGCCGAAUUUGUAAACUCCCAACAGAAUAACCAUUUGCGGUUCGGAGGUAUCAUGCCUCCAGUAGCACAAGACAUACACCGAGCGAACAUAGAAAACGUGGUGAACAAAACCUUUGAAAUCGCGGGCCUAACACCGAAGGAACUAGAUGCUAUCGCGGUCACGAGUCGUCCAGGUCUGCCUAUGAGUCUCAUUAUUGGUAUGCGGUAUGCGAAACAUAUUGCGCGGAAGUACGAUAAACCGAUCAUACCGAUCCACCACAUGCAGGCCCAUGCCUUAAUGGCUCGGAUGACUACUCGUAUUCCCUUUCCGUUCCUGUGUCUACUCGUCAGCGGUGGACACUCUUUGCUCGUGUUCAUAGAAGGAACCAAUCGGUUUCGAUUGCUCGGAGAAACGCUCGACGAUGCUCCCGGUGAGGCUUUGGAUAAAAUAGCGAGGCGUCUGAAGCUUCGAAAUGUGGCCAAAUACGAGCACAUGUCUGGUGGGCAAGCAAUCGAACUAGCAGCCUUAGCCGGUGCUUCUCAGUCUUCUGCUUAUGAUUUCCCUCUACCACUGUCCAAAUACCGGGACUGCCAGUUCAGUUUUGCUGGUCUCAAAAACACUGCUACGAGGCACAUUCUGGAGCAAGAGGCACGGCACAACGUAGCGCCCGAUGGUUUGCUGCCCGAUUAUGAAGCUUUUUGUGCUUCGUUCUUAAAGGGAGUGACCCGUCACAUGCUUCAUCGGACACAGCGUGCGAUCGAAUAUUGCGAAAGAAACAACUUCUAUGCCGAUAGUAGCCAGCCACGCAGCUUAGUAGUCUCCGGUGGUGUCGCCUGUAAUAAUGUUAUUUUCAACGCCCUAAGUGCCAUGGCCAGCCAGUUCGAUUAUAGCGCUUACCGGCCAGAAAAGAAACACUGCACCGAUAACGGUACGAUGAUAGCUUGGAAUGGAGUGGAGAAACUCCUUGCUGGUGAUACCGAAGAAUUAACUAAAGAUUACGGAACUUUGGACGUCAGUGGCAAGUGUCCGAUAGGGGAAAGUGUGAUAGAAGAUGUUAAGAAUGCUAAUAUGGCCUGUAAAUGGGCCAAGGUAGACGUAUACGGGGGUCUAGAAAUAGAAAAGCGUGCGAACCUGUGCUAGGUACAACCAGUACAACGUUGUAGUAAAUGUUGUUGAAUAAAGUGAAAAUUUGUAGUUUUAAUGUUUA